AUGCACCCUCUAAACCCUUUCCUCCGUGCCUUCUUCCGAAGCACUGUUCCGGGGCAGUGUAUACCCGUGGAGAACCAUGUUCUACUUGUUCCCACAACGGAAUGCCUUAUCGGCUCUCGCGACCGGGAGUCCAGUCUGUACUACUCGGACCUCGUCGCGUCGGAGGAGUUCCUAGGAAGCCAUGUGCUGCGCAUCCCAAUCAACCCCGGUUCAACGAAUACAAAAGAGGAAUCCAAUGUACGCGAUAACAGGGGGAAAGCGAAGCAAGUGACGACGUUCAAUGGGAGAACCGUGAUCAUCAAAGAGAACUCGGUGUACAGCAAUAAAGGCUUCAAAUCCCUCACCCAAGCCCAACUACUCUCGGAUGCCCUGUACUAUACCUCGUCUAGCGAUUCCCGGCCAUGGCUCAUAUACUACAUUUCGCGUUCUUUAGUUGGGUUGUACGAUCCCGCCAGAAUCAUCCCGGCCGCAGUACCAGGGACCAAUCUGAAGAGGAUAGAACCGGCUCCUUCUGAUAAGAGGGCGAUCAACGGAGGAUCGGUUGCGCCGCCAAAGCAGGAGAUAAAAACUUUUGGCGAUCUUCUCGCAAACUUCCCGAUGAUUGCGAGACAGAUGCAGCCGGGGUUAGAAAGGUUAUUCCGUGAAUUUGGGAAAGAGCUGGGCAAACCAUUACCUCCGCCGCCAUCUCGCUCGCCUUCUGCCUCUGGGAGCGAGUCUGAAAAUAGGCUAUCGCGAGUGCAUUCCCUGCAAGAUGAAAGCUCGUCCAUCCGCAGCUGGUCAUCUCGUCGCGGCCGGCUUCCCUUCAAUUCUGAAGAAUAUUUCGAGGAUGACGAGGACCUCAUGCGUCGUAGCCUGGAGACCGCAGUGACUGCAGCCAUUGAUCUCUUCCGACUGGUUGACAAACAGCAGCUGUCACUGCUGGGAGCCACUACCGAUCUUACGGGCCCAUUGGUCGAGCGACUCAUCGAGCGAUAUGUGGCAGAACAAGUACACGAACCACUUCUGUUCCCUCGCUUGUGCGCUUUCCGUCAACCAGAGGAUUCAGAGCUGGACUCUAGAAUCCGGCACAUGGAGAGCAUUGACGUGACUCAAGUUGGUAUAUCGGUUGAGGGUGGACGUGAAGGCAAACGGGAAGUCAUCCGACGGCUUGGACGUGGAGUGGAAGAAUUUCGCAAGAUGGCUGACGCGAAGAGCCCUCACCAGAUGCUCCAUACUCUGCUAGAGACAGUCAAAGUGGUCUCGUACCCUGGAAGCUAUGAUAAUGUCGAUGGACCAGCGUCCGAGAAAGGUCGAUCUCCUUUGACGAUCAACGCUGAUGUCUUGGUCUCCUUGCUGCUAGUUGUUGUGAUCAGAUCGCAGAUUCGACACCUCCAAGCCCGCUUGCUGUACAUGCAGCACUUCAUCUACAUUGACGAUGUAGAUAGUGGUGAGAUGGGAUACGCACUCAGUACUUUCGAAGCAGUUUUGAUGUAUCUUGUGACCGACUCGGCUGGUCUGCGCCGCUCAAGUACACGGAAUCGACGGUUAUGGCAAGCAACUAAAGCAGGUCGCAUCUCCGAUAUGAGGAGCAUUCUCGAACCAAAUGGAGAUCACGAGUCUAUUGACGAAACUAUCCCGCGUGAACCCGAGCGAAAGUCUGUACUCUUCCAAACUGAUAGCGCUUCAGAACCGGAUGAUUCACCCCACGAAACAUCGUCCAUGUUCAGCAGCUCGAUCUUCAUGAAUGGCCAAGCAGUACCAGAGGAGGCCAUAGACUCGGAUGCACCUCCUCUCGCACACGUUUUCCCCUUCCAGACGUGGAGCGGCGAAUCGCCUGCAAAUGAAUACCAGCGACCAAUCAAGAAGGUCUCCAUGGAUCUCCGCAGCAUGUCAGAGUCAUCGGCUGUCUCCUUCCUUUCCAGGACGCCCACUAUUGGGUCAAUGACCAGUAAUAUCGAAGGCGAUAAUUCGUUGGAGACUCUGACUAAAACGCAGGACCCAGCCGGAGAUUCAAUUCCUAUGAUGGCAGUGGAAAGCCGCCAGACCGAGUCUUUGAAGUACCUACUCAGUCUAGAAGAAUUCUACCCUUUGGAAGAUAUUCUUGAAGACACAAACGCGGAUGGAACAACUCUACUGAAUGCAGCUGUGCAGCUCGCACAUGCCGAGAGUGUUGAAGUUCUGCUUGACUUCCUCUUCAGCAAGACCGACGAGAGUGUAGUCGCCAGGUACUUGACCAAAUCCGAUGUUCACGGCCGGACGGUGGGCCACUAUUUAUUCAGCACGCCUUCAUUACUGUCUCGGCUCGGUAACCUUCUUCCAUGGCGACAGCGCGACAAGCAUGGGCAAACUCCUCUCUUCGCCCUUUGUCGAUCCUAUGACCAUCCUGAGUACAAAAUCAUGGUCCAGGCCGGCUUGACAGCAGCUCAGAGAGCCCAAGGAAACGGGAAGCCUCUUCAGCUUGAUGACCAUGUGGAUAUCAAGGGCAACACAUUGCUGCAUAUUGUUGGGGAUCCAGACAUAACGACGCGGAUUCUCCAGGAGAGCGAUUGCGAUCCGAAUGCAACCAACGACAAGAGAUUCACACCAUUAAUGAUGGCCAGCAAAUACGGGCGGGUGGAUCAAGUGCGCAUUCUGUUCAUGGAUCCCAGGGUCGAUGUCCAUGUCAAGGAAGCUCGCGGAUUGACUGCAGUUGAACUGGCAAAAGACGACGAAGUACGAAACCGUAUCGAUGAUCUGAUUCUGCUAUCCCAUCCCCCGUCUGCAUGCGGUGAUCCAUCGGGCCGUGUGACUACCGUCGUUCGAUCGUUCUUCGUCGAAGAUGCCACAGUGCGCUUCAUUCUCAAGUCCGGUGCACCUUAUCCACCCUCGGAGUCGAUGGCAAUAUCUCGGCCGGGUUCGACAACGUAUACAGUCACAACAUGUCGUCGCAGCUUCAACGACUUUGAGAACCUCGCCAAGUGGCUUGCCGUGGAACACCCGGCGUCCUAUGUGCCAUCUCUCUCAGAUUUCCGGAACCCAUUCCAAAUCCACUCGAAACCAUCUCGCUCCGUUCUGCAUGAUCUUCAAGAAAAGCUAGAUCGGUUCCUGAAGACCCUCCUCACUCACCCGACCUUCUCCACCCAUGAAAUGCUAUGGGAAUUCUUCCUGGUUCCCGAGCUCCAGCCCGAGAUGAUGGCCGAUCGAUCCCGACGCAAGGCAGCCGUACUCACCGAGACGAUUGCCGAUGAGUAUGCACCUGUUUCUCUCGAGGGCAUGCGUGACACGGAGCAAUUCGUCUCACAUGCUCAGGACAUGGUGCGAGGCGUACACGUCAACACACGCAGCCUAAUCCGACGGGGACAUGCCCUACAAAACAGCGCCUCCGACCUCGCAGACGCAGUCACUCUCUGCUCGAGCGUACUCUCCACUCUCAAAGAGCCUACCAACGCCCUCCCACCCACCUACGUAGACGCCUUUACCCGCUACGGCACCUACCUAUCAACUUCAACCUCCGACUCCUCCCCUCUCCUCCAAUUCCUGGCCGCACUCACAUCAAUGGACAACACCACCGCCGCAAUCCUCACAUCCCUCUCCCGCCCGCUUACCCUAAUGUCCACCCUCACCUCCACAAACCGAAGCAUCUCCCGCUCCCGCUCCUCACUACUCUCAUCCUCGCUCCCCCGCAAAUUCAACAUCAACCUUCCCGGCUUCGAAGAAUCCCGGCAAAAAUCCGUCCGCGAUCUCGAGCAGAAGAUUCACGAUGGCGAACUCCAGUCUUCCCGCCUCGCAAAAGAGGUCACCUGGAACAAGGACGUUGUCGUGGGCGAGUUAGCUGGGUGGACGACGUGGCGGGAGAAAGUUGGUCGGGAUGCGAUUCGCGCCUUCGUGAAGGAUACGCUUGUUCGGGAGAGGGAGCGUGGGAAGAGGAUUGAGCGUUGUUUGCGUAGUGUACGUGAGAUGAAGUCAUGA